UCAUCACGAAUCCCCGUGACGUAGUAUGGUAACAGUGCAGGGGGGAGAGAGGAAGAAAGUACCAUCAUUUUGAGAAUUAGCGAAAGGGUUACAUUUUGAAAAGGUUAAGUUGACUGCGUGUGCACUCCUCCUUUCUGAGGAAGCUGAGGCUCUGGGGACCAUGAGUGGGAAUGGCCCUCAUACAGAGGUGCCGAUGUACUUCGAGGUGGACGUUGAUCCCCUGGAGGAGGGAGAUGAACAAGACACUAAGAUCCACUUCGAGAAAGACGAUGAUCUGAUUCCUGAACCUUCAUCCUCCUCCGGUCGGGUCUACGACCGCACCACGGUGCUGAUCGAGCGGGACCCGAUUCGGUUGGAUGAGGAGGGCGAAGAAGAGGGUCACUGUGGAGGAGAUGAGGAUGGAGUCACCUUCCUCACUGAAGGGGAGGGUGAUGGAGAUGAGGAGGACGGCUCUUUGGGCUUUAUGGGCGACGCUGACGGGAUGUCACAGGGUUAUGUUCACCAUACGAUCUCGCCGGAUCAGAUCCAGUUCACAAUAAAUCCAGGUUCCACACCAAUGCCGCGCAACAUAGAGGGGGCCACGCUCACUUUACACUCCGAGUGUCCAGAGACUAAGCAGAGAGAGGUAAAGCGGUACCAGUGCACAUUUGAAGGCUGCCCAAGGACUUACAGCACAGCAGGAAAUCUGCGGACACAUCAGAAGACACACCGGGGCGAGUACACCUUUGUGUGCAAUCAGCAGGGCUGCGGGAAGGCCUUCCUCACCUCGUACAGUCUCAAGAUCCACGUCCGCGUUCACACCAAGGAGAAACCUUUUGAGUGUGAUGUGCAAGGCUGUGAAAAAGCAUUUAACACGCUGUACAGGCUAAAAGCACACCAGAGACUCCACACAGGCAAGACGUUCAACUGUGAAACAGAGGGAUGCACAAAGUACUUCACCACGCUCAGCGACCUGAGGAAGCACAUUCGCACACACACGGGGGAGAAGCCAUUUCGGUGUGAUCAUGAUGGAUGUGGCAAAGCCUUCGCGGCAAGCCAUCAUCUAAAAACGCACGUACGGACACACACGGGGGAGAAACCAUUUAACUGCCCCAGCGAUGGCUGUGAGAAGACGUUCAGCAGCCAGUACAGCUUAAAGAGUCACAUCCGAGGCCAUGACAAAGGGCAGCCUUUCAGUGUCACCCUGACCCAUCCACACUCGGAAGAUGCAAAUCAUUCAUUGUGCCUCAGUGACCUGAGCUUGAUCUCUACAGAUCCAGAGCUUAGAGAGAACAUUAGUAAUUCUCAGAAUCUGGACCUCAGUAAUGUGACCCAGGGGAAAAUCUUGGAAUUCAUCUUCCAGAGUCCUGAAAACAGCGUCAGUCAAGAUGAAGGCCCCCCCAAUGAGAGACUGGCGGAGCCGUUUAGUCAAGAAGCUCAACAAGGAGUGACAGAAGCUUCCUCUAUCAUCUCUUUUUCUGUCAAUCCUACGUCCUCAUCUUCCUGCUCCCACAAUGCAGCUGUCAUGGAGUCUUCCUCGCAGCAUUGUCAGAGCUUUUCUUCUCAGACUUCCACCGUCAGCGCUGCUGUCAGCUCGACGCAGCCUCCCCCUUUCACACAACUGAGUGGGCCUCAGCAGAUCUCCGAUGUGCCUCAGGCUUCCAACAGUGUUACACCCCAGCACUAUGUGGCGCUGCAACCCACAUUCCUGCACUCGGAAGGCGACGCACAAAGCGGCGUUCCUUCUCCAGCCGUUCCUGCGCUGGCCUCCACACAGCCGGGUGCCGUCGCAGCGCCCCCAGCCGAGGGUCUGGUCCCUCCUGCUGUCACUAACAGCGGUCCCAGCCUGGCUCCGCCUCCCGCCACCAUAACGAUAGCGUCGACCCCGAACCUGCUUCAGCCCAGCCUGGUCAUGUCUGACCAAAACCUACAGUGGAUUCUGAGCAGUGCUGCCAACAGUCAGCAGAACCUCGAGCAAGCACCCCAACAAGGAACUCCAAAAGUUGAAAAGGUUUUCUUCACUACAGCCAUACCAGUGGGAGGAAACGCUGGCAGUUCAGUCCAGCAGAUUGGCCUCAGCCUGCCAGUCAUCAUCAUCAAACAGGAGGAAUCGUGUCAGUGCCAAUGUGCCUGCAGAGAUUCUGCUAAAGACAAGAACGCAAAGAGUGCCUCCUCCUCCACCACCUCGGCUCCAGCGCAACCGCCGCUGCCGCCGCAAUUGUCUGAUCCCCCUCCCUCGCUGGCGUCCGGGCCUUCAAACCAACCCGCCGCGUCAUCGUCCUCUUCGUGCUGCCUUCCCAAGUCUUCCUCCACGGCGGAUGAGCUGAGGCCCGAAGCCCCUUCCUCUUCCUCCUCCUCCACAGCUCAGACAUUAUCCACUGUUGUGAGCAACACUGCGACGAGCACCCCCCCAACCGACGGCUUUGCCAGCAUGGACGUCUCCGACUUCCUUUCCAUGCAGAGCCCCGAGACGGCGGCCAACCUGGAGGCUCUGCUGCUGGUCGCAGACGAGUUCAACAUGGCCACUGAUGGGAACCCUUAGAGGAGCCGCCCUCCCUCACAUCUUCAUCAGUUCCACCAACCACUCUCCGAAGCAAUGCUUUUCAUUUCCUCCCGUAUGCCGUGCAUCGAGAAUAUAUCCACGCGUAUAACUUUUUCGUUUUGCAGUAGCACAGUCUUCAAGAACAGAAAUUAAUCAUUUAGAUUUUGAAGCUUUUAUUGCUGGAAAAAAGGCCAGGAAGUCUUUUUGAUUUGUAUAUAUAUUUACGUAAAUAUAUAAAUUUAUGGAGUUUAAAACAACUGUUGUCAAAGCACUGAUAACCGGUACUGUAUUGCAGGUCUUAGCAGAGGCUUAGUUUGUAUGCAAUUACCCAGAAUGCACUGUAACUUGGUGACUUUAACCAAACACGGCUUAAAGUGCAUCGUCUCUCACAUGCAGUUUGAGGUAUUUUUUACUGGUUCAGACCAUGUGAUCGUUCUUUUCUACGUCUUUUAACGUGUCAGGAAAAGAGUAGGACAGUUAAUGUGCUUCUAACUCAAGAAAAAUGUAUGCUAAUUUAUUUAAACGCUUAGCUGAUCUAUUCGACUGAUAAAUAGAGAAAUAAUUUAAUAUAUUGUUGGUAUAGCUAGUAUUUUUUGUUUUGUUACUGAAUUGUUUUCCCCUUAACACGCAUUGCUAAAAGCAAGUUUGAGAAAACAGGCACAGCGAAUCAAACGAUCCGGUUUGUUCGCCAUUCCGUCAACAUCCCGCAGUUUUUGGGGUCGUGAUCCUCUCAGGGAUGCAUCGAGUCAUAACUGAUCCCAGAUCUUCUCAUGUGUUACCCAAACUCAUCAGCCCUACGUUCUGCUGCACUCUUCCCGUCUAUUGCACACUGAACCCCCCCCCUCCCCGCCCGACAGCUUGUGAGCCGAGGUGCAGCACCACUACAGACUUUGAAUCACAACUGCUGUAAAGUAGCAUCUGUCCUGGAGACCGUGUAAAUAUGGAGUUCUAUUGUAAAACAUCUUUGAGAAAUGUAUAGAUAAUUCUAGUAAUUGUAUUUUUGUAAAGAUUUUUUGAAUUAUUAACUCAGAGUUUAUGCGUGUCUUCUGUAUGUUUUUUUUGUCACAUCAACAGUUUCUGCCGUUUGCUUCAAACGAGCUUUUGUACAGUUUACAUUUGAAAGUGUAUAUGACGUGAUCUGCUACGUUAAUUUAAAUUUUCUUUUGUGUGGGACUCAAUGCAAUCGCAGCAGAGAAGGCAUUAUCUCCUGUCAGUACGAGUGAAGCCACUCGGCCUUACGUCAUCAACUGUUCUUUGAACCUCCUUGCCUUGACCAGUUCUCCCUUAGACAACACACCAAUGCCCAUUACCCAGACCCAAGUGAUCUCAGGAGCGGAUCUCAGACAGAAAAUCAUGCAUUUUGCUAAAAAGAAACUACAGAAUAAAGGAUUGUGGUUCUAUGAUUCCAGAAUUUAUGGCCUAGAAAAUCGAGUUUGAUCAUUUUUAGUCAAAACCACUUCAAAAGGAGGCACACCUCGACAUUCAUACACGAUUGUGUAGAAAACUAUGCAAGUUGGAGUGAUUCCUCAAAAGGUUUUUUUGUGAAUCUGGACUGAAACUGUAUCAAGUGCUACUUCCAUAAAACAUUGCGCCAUAUUUGUCCUUUUCCACAGUUUUUGCCUCCAAGGUGGUAACGGGUUCAAAUAAACCAGUUUUUGUUGUUUUUGUGA